CUACAUUGGUUCUUCUGGAGGAAAGCCUGGCCCAGACCUCUAUUACACCUACUGCAACGAUGUCAGGCCAUCAGAAUCCCGGGAAUGCUGCUGCUGGCACCGCUAUCGAAAAUUUCACCGAUCCCAUCGAUAGUGAGGCAGAGCCUUGGCGUAGCACCGCUGAAGGAUAUUUCCAUGACACGAUCCCCUCCUUCGCUUCGACCUCGACUUUGCCAGGCUUUUUGCCAGCAGCCACUGAGCCUUCCGCUUUUCCAGAACCCUCCGUUGAUGAUUUUCUCUUCGAGCAUCCCAUUUUCCUGAACGCCCACUUUAUCCGAUACCUCAUCCACAAUUGCCCCAUCUGUUGCAUCUUCUACAUCUUUUAUAUCGUCCUUGAGGAAGAAAGUCUCGAUGAAAGGGAGUUCUACCUUCGGUUGGAUCGCAGACGGGACCGCCAAGUUCCCUUGUUGUUUGGGGUGCGGGAUUUAGGGACGUCGCGCGCAAUAGAUACGGCUGCUGUUUCUGGUAGACUCGACCACCUUCUUGACUACACCAAUAUGAAGUCUGGGGUAGAGGCCAUCAUGGUGUUCCCUACUCCUGCUCCUUUGAUUGCGGCUGCACAAAUUCUGUAUGCAAUUGCAGCGGAAUCUCCUGGUUACAAGCUAACUAAAUCUUGGUGUGGGGUUUCAGGGGGGUGUAUGAGAGAGGGUCACUUAACCAUCCCACAAAUUGGUGCUGGGAAACGAGAUGGCAUUAAAGAUCUGGCAUAUUCACACCUUGAAAAGCAAAUCAGUGACAAGUCGGAGGCAAUUCUAAGAUACGCCAACUUAAUUGGAGAAUCAAAGCUGACGCAGGCUAUCAAGUCUGUCCUCGACGCUGUAAAAUACCACCAUGUGAGAGAAUAG